CUUUGGCUUGCUCCGCCUUUCUGCCCCCCACCCCCACCUCACGGGUACGGGCCAUUCCCGGCCAGGAAACGCCGUGGCGCCGUGUUGGGCCUAACUCGAGUCCUGCUGCCUCCCGGGAUUGCCGUGCGCCGCAGCCCGGGCUCCGGCCCCGGCAGCGCCUGGGACAAGGUCUUCAGAGCUACUGGCAGAUAAUUUGGGGGGACUUCAUAUUCAGAGGUCUAUAUAAAGGAUUCCUCAUGUCCAUAACAUGUUGGCUGAGACUCCGCAGCUCACCCCCACUCUCAGAGUGGUCAGUCUCCGUUAAUUGGACCCCGUGAUUUCCAUUCUCUGCUGUGCUGGACGUCAUGAGCAUUGCAAUCCCUCUGGGAGUCACCACACCAGAUACAUCCUACUCAGAUAUGGCUGCUGGAUCAGAAAAGGAAGUGGAAGCCCCCUACCUUUCAAGACGAAGUGGCACUACACCAGGAUGUGAAAGUCCAGCGAAAGAGACCCAAGGGGCCUAGGGGGCAGCACACCCCCAGAAGCCAAGUGUAUUCCAGGCAGUACCAGGGAUUAGGGUCUGGGCUGGAAAAAUCCUGGUGUUUUGAAUAUGUUCAGGUCCAGUUCAGACUCUUGAUCCCACAGCCACUUCUUGAGUGAGGGUAUCCUGUCUUGGUAGUGAAUGGAAGAGGGCCUGGUCCCUGGGGCAGUGCAGAAGGCACUUUCAUCAUCUCACUCACUGCAAAUGUCAUGUGAGGUUUCAUGGAAGUAUUAAGAGAUCCAAUUAAGAAGAAUAGUUCUGAGUCUAAACCAGCCCAGAGUGGCUUCUCUAGGGGAAACUCCCCGCUCAGCUGCCCUGAAUCUGUGGAGGCUAGUCCAGCAGUUAAUGAGAAGAGCGUGUAUUCCACUCAUAAUUAUGGGACCACUCAGAGGCAUGGGUGUCGAGGACUGCCUUAUGCUGAUCAUAAUUACGGAGCCCCUCCUCCUCCGACACCUCCUGCUUCUCCCCCUGUCCAGACGAUCAUCCCUCGUUCUGACCUGAAUGGCCUGCCGUCGCCCGUAGAGGAACGCUGUGGAGACAGCCCGAACUCUGAAGGAGAGACUGUUCCUACCUGGUGUCCUUGUGGUCUUUCUCAGGAUGGCUUCCUUCUCAACUGUGACAAGUGCAGGGGAAUGAGCAGGGGGAAGGUUAUUAGACUUCAUCGUCGGAAGCAGGACAACAUAUCAGGUGGGGAUAGCAGUGCAACAGAAAGCUGGGAUGAGGAGCUUUCUCCUUCCACUGUGUUGUAUACAGCAACACAGCACACACCUACCAGCAUCACCUUAACUGUUAGAAGAACCAAACCCAAGAAGCGGAAAAAGAGUCCAGAAAAGGGUCGUGCAGCACCAAAGACGAAGAAAAUCAAGGCAUUUCGAGAGGGAUCCCGGAAGUCCUUGCGGAUGAAGAAUUCUCCCUCUGAAGCACAGAAUUUAGAUGAGAAUACGACUGAGGGCUGGGAAAAUCGGAUAAGAUUAUGGACUGAUCAGUAUGAAGAAGCUUUUACUAACCAAUACAGUGCAGAUGUACAGAACGCCCUUGAGCAACAUCUACAUUCUAGCAAGGAAUUUGUGGGCAAACCUGCUAUUUUAGAUACUAUUAAUAAGACUGAAUUGGCCUGUAAUAACACAGUUAUCGGUUCCCAAAUGCAGUUACAGCUGGGAAGAGUCACUCGUGUUCAAAAGCACCGGAAGAUCUUGAGGGCUGCACGAGAUUUGGCUUUGGACACUCUUAUAAUAGAGUAUCGUGGGAAAGUCAUGUUACGGCAGCAAUUUGAGGUCAACGGGCAUUUCUUCAAAAAACCAUACCCCUUUGUGCUCUUCUACUCAAAAUUCAAUGGUGUAGAGAUGUGUGUGGAUGCUCGUACUUUCGGUAAUGAUGCUCGGUUCAUCAGAAGAUCAUGUACACCAAAUGCAGAGGUGCGACACAUGAUUGCAGAUGGGAUGAUUCACCUGUGUAUCUAUGCUGUGUCUGCCAUCACCAAGGAUGCUGAGGUCACCAUAGCAUUUGAUUAUGAGUAUAGUAACUGUAAUUAUAAAGUGGACUGUGCAUGUCACAAGGGAAACCGGAAUUGCCCUAUACAGAAAAGGAAUCCCAAUGCUGCAGAAUCGCCAAUCCCACCUCCUCCAAGCCUACCCACCAUUGGAGCAGAGACCAGACGUAGAAAAGCAAGACGGAAAGAGCUUGAGAUGGAACAGCAAAAUGAGGCUAUAGAAGAGAAUAAUGACCAGCAACCACAAGAAGUUCCAGAAAAAGUAUCUGCAUCCAGUGAUCAUGAGGAAGUAGACAAUCCAGAAGAAAAACCAGAGGAGGAAAAAGAAGAGGUUAUAGAUGACCAGGAAAACUCAGCUUAUAGCAGGAGGACCCGGGAAGAUAGGAAGGUUGAAGCCAUCAUGCAUGCUUUUGAAAACUUGGAGAAAAGAAAGAAGCGGCGGGAUCAGUCCUUGGAACACAACAACUCUGACAUAGAGAUUACUACUACCACCUCAGACACCCCUGUUGGAGAAGAGACAAAGACUGAAGUCCCUGAAUCCGAAGUUAGCAACCCUGUAUCAAAUGUUCCCAUGCCAAGCAACCCUCAGAGUGUUGGUGUGAAUACUCGGAGGUCUUCCCAAGCAGGGGAUAUUGCUGCAGAAAAACCAGUGCCCAAACCACCUCCAGCAAAGCCUUCUAGACCCCGACCGAAGAGCCGAAUUUCUCGGUACCGGGCCAGUUCAGCCCAAAGAUUAAAGCGUCAGAAGCAGGCCAGUGCACAGCAGGCAGAGUUGUCCCAGGCGGCCUUGGAAGAGGGAGGAAAUAACAGUUCAGUAACUCCUACUGAAGCUGGGAGUAUAGAAAGUUCUGGAGAAAACAGACAAUUAACAGGGUCUGACCCAAGUGUGGUAUCAAUUACUGGAUCCCAUGUUAACCGUGCUGCAUCUAAAUACCCCAAAACCAAAAAGUAUCUAGUUACAGAAUGGUUGAACGACAAAGCAGAGAAACAAGAGUGCCCUGUUGAGUGUCCUUUACGCAUCACCACCGACCCAACUGUACUGGCAACAACCCUGAACAUGCUGCCGGGUCUUAUCCAUUCCCCGUUAAUUUGCACCACCCCUAAACACUACAUUCGCUUUGGCUCACCAUUUAUCCCUGAGAGACGGCGAAGGCCCCUUCUGCCUGACGGCACAUUCAGCUCCUGUAAGAAGCGCUGGAUAAAGCAAGCCUUGGAAGAAGGGAUGACUCAAACAUCAUCUGUACCCCAAGAGACUAGAACUCAGCACCUAUACCAAAGUAAUGAGAAUAGUAACUCUUCUAGUAUCUGCAAAGACAAUGCAGACUUGUUGAGCCCAUUAAAGAAAUGGAAGUCUCGCUAUCUGAUGGAGCAGAAUGUCACCAAGUUACUUCGGCCUUUGUCUCCGGUCACCCCACCCCCUCCCAGUUCAGGCUCAAAGAGCCCCCAGCUCACACCUGGCCCUUCUCACCCAGGAGAAGAGGAGUGUCGAAAUGGAUACAGCCUUAUGUUUUCGCCAAUCACGUCUCUUACUACUGCUAGUCGCUGCAACACUCCUCUGCAGUUUGAGAACAUAUCCUCCCCUGAGAGUUCCCCUGCGCAUAGGCCCGAGUCCCUGUCACCCGAGCUUUGUCACCGGAAAGACCUGGAUUUGACAAAAGUAGGAUAUCUUGACUCCAACACUAACAGCUGUGCUGACAGACCUUCCCUGCUCAACUCAGGUCAUUCUGACCUGGCCCCUCAUUCCUCCGUCGGGCCCACCUCUGAGACUGGCUUCCCAGGCAGGAGUGGAGAUGGACAUCAGACCCUCGUGAGGAACUCAGACCAGGCAUUUCGGACAGAGUUCAACCUGAUGUAUGCCUACUCCCCUUUGAAUGCUAUGCCUCGAGCAGAUGGAUUAUACCGAGAGUCUCCCCUGGUGGGGGAUAGGAAGCCUUUACAUUUGGAUGGGGGAUAUUGCUCCCCUGCAGAAGGGUUUUCUAGCAGAUAUGAACAUGGUUUUAUGAAAGACCUCUCUCGUGGAUCCAUGUCACCAGGUGGCGAAAGGGCCUGUGAAGGAGUCCCAUCUGCCCCCCAGAACCCACCACAGAGAAAAAAGGUAUCCCUGCUGGAAUACCGCAAACGGAAACAAGAAGCCAAGGAGAAUUCUAUUAGUGGGGGAGGUGACUCUACACAGAGCAAAAGCAAGUCUGCAGGAGCUGGGCAAGGCAGCAGUGACCCCCUUUCUGACUCUGGUGCCCCUGGUGUGCAGGGAUCCUCAGCCCGAACCCCAUCCUCCCCUCACAGAAAAUUCUCCCCAUCUCAUUCCUCUAUGUCCCAUUUGGAGGCGGUAAGCCCAUCAGAUUCCAGAGGCACAUCAUCUCACUGCAGACCUCAAGAGAACAUCAGCAGUAGGUGGAUGGUCCCCACAUCAGUAGAACGGCUCCGAGAAGGAGGGAGCAUCCCCAAGGUCCUCCGAAGCAGCGUGAGGGUGGCUGCAAAGGGAGAGCCCUCUCCCACGUGGGAGAGUAGCAUCACAGAGAAAGACUCAGACCUUGUAGAUGGAGAAGGCCCAGAGACGUUGAGCUCAGCACUCUCUAAAGGAGCAACCGUUUACAGCCCUUCCAGAUACAGCUACCAGCUCCUGCAGUGUGAUAGUCCACGGACAGAAUCACAAAGCCUCCUUCAGCAGAGUUCCUCCCCCUUUAGAGGACAUCCCACCCAAUCUCCAGGAUACAGUUAUCGAACUACUGCACUGAGACCUGGAAACCCCCCCUCUCACAGUUCUUCAGAAUCAUCCCUCUCUUCCACGUCCUAUUCCAGCCCUGCCCACCCUGUGUCCACAGACUCUUUGGCCCCGUUUACGGGGACCCCAGGGUAUUAUAGCAGCCAGCCACAUUCUGGAAACAGCACUGGCAGCAAUCUUCCAAGGAAGAGCUGCCCUUCUAGUGCUGCUAGCCCUACCCAGCAGGGCCCCUCAGACUCGCCAACCUCAGACUCGGUUUCUCAGUCCAGCACAGGAACUCUGAGUUCCACCUCCUUUCCUCAGAACUCUAGGUCGUCAUUGCCAUCAGACUUACGGACUAUCAGUCUGCCCAGUGCUGGGCAGUCAGCUGCCUACCAGGCCUCCAGGGUAUCUGCAGUUUCCAGUUCACAGCACUACCCGCACCGAGGGAGUGGGGGUGUGCACCAGUACCGACUCCAGCCGCUGCAAGGGUCAGGAGUCAAGACUCAGACAGGACUUUCCUAGGGCUUCUGGAUAUGGGCAAACAGAACUGAAUGAGCCCAUAGCUGCUUCCUUCCAGCUGCCUCUGGAACCUAGGCCAAGCAUAUUGCUGGGGAAGGGGGGUACAAGGUACCAGAGGAUUGGGUCUGGUCAACAAGAAACAAGACUUGUGGUCGCGACUGGCCUCUGGCCUUGGAGAAAGAUGUAAAUCUUGUCUGAAGCAGAGACUAAAAAGAAGUUUCUCCCUGCUGUUAAGGGUACAUUGUUGACAAGCAAAUGGUGUUUUGGUUAGUAACGGUUCUAAGUGCAAUGAGUUGUGUUGAAGCCUCCGUCUCCCAUCCUUGCCUGUAGCCUGUAGUCACUUGUGCAGUGAGGACAUCUUUUUAAAUAAAUUUCAAAACAAAAAGUUUUCUUUUCAAAGGAAAAAAAGGUGAAAAGAGCCAAUCUCAAAGCCCCAAGCCAUCUGAGUAGUGGUAAGGUUUUAUGCACUUAUGAAAACAAGGUAGGUAAAUGUUCGCCCUAACACAACCAUUCCAAAGGCAGAUAACCUGGCCAAGGUGUGUUCACUGAGAAUACUCCCUGCCCUUGUCUUAAAAUCACCAAGAAGUAAGCAGGGAGAGUCAAGUUUGGAGCGUGCUCUGAGGGGUG